CAUUAAUCGCCGUCAUCGCUGCAGGAUGACCGGCCUCUUUGUAGCAACCAUUGACAGUUCCGUCUAGCAGACCUGCGUAGGCUCAGCUGAUGCCUUUGUCUAGCUCAGCUUGUUCCACGCAUGCGUAUACGCUCCUACUGUAUUGUCCUAUGCAAGCCUCCGUACAGCGCUCUGUUGUCAGUGGAGAGCGGCGGACGGGAUCCUGAUGGGGUUGACAGAUUGAAAAACAACAAAAAUGCAUCAUGGAAAUGGACCCCCAAACACGCCACGUCAACUCCAGAGGUCCAGGUCUUUUACAGGAAAUGAAGGAGAAGAAACACCAAUGCAGACAAGUUUAUCACAAUCCCCUGCUCCCACCUUUGCACCAGCAGUCAGUUCCCCUGGACCUCAGUCACCCGGUUACCAAAUACAACAACUCAUAAUGAGCCGGAAUCCAGUGGCUGGUCAGAAUGUAAAUAUCACAUUACAGAAUGUGGGGCCGGUGGUGGCAGGAAAUCAGCAGAUAACUCUUACUCCACUGCCUCUCCCUAAUCCUGCAUCCCCAGGGUUCCAAUUCAGCUCCCAAACAAGAAGGUUUGAGCAUGGCUCUCCGUCCUAUAUCCAGGUUACCUCCCCUAUAUCUCAACAGGUCCAGACCCAAAGCCCUACUCAACCCACCGCUGUGCCAAUUCAAGCUUUACAAGGUGUUAGGGCAACAACUGCAGGAACCAGUUUAGGUAUGUGCAGCCAAAGCCCCACACGUGGAUUUGUUGAUGCCAGUGUACUUGUGAGACAGAUCAGUUUGAGUCCAUCAAAUGGUGGACAUUUUGUUUUCCAAGAGGGCUCUGGUAUUGCACAAAUUACACAGGGAACCACAGCACAGGUUCAGAUUCCAUCAGGGGCUGCCCAAGUAAGUAUGAGGGAACGCAGGCUUUCACAGCCUCAUUCCCAAACUGGUGGCACUAUUCAUCAUCUGGGACCUCAAAGCCCAGUGGCAAGUGGAGCAAACAUGCAGACUCUUACCACUCCCAGUCACAUAACAACCACCAAUCUACCACCCCAGAUAAGCAGUAUUAUACAAGGUCAACUUAUUCAGCAACAACAGGUGCUUCAUGGCCAGCAACUUGGAAGAACAAUCAGCUUUGAUAGAACUUCUGGUGGAAUGAUAGCAGGGGUGGCUGGAGCUUCAGCUUUUGGGAUUACAUCACCACCAACUCCAACAAGCCCCUCUCGAGCAACUGGUCAUCAAGGACUCUCUAGUCUUCCCCUUGCUCCAACUGUGAGCACAACUGUGAAAAAGCAAAGUAAAAAACUUGAGGAAAUUCCACCUGCAACCCCAGAAGAUGGUCGAAUGAGGAAGCAAUGCUUGGAGUAUCAUCAUAAAAACAUGAAGGUUCUGAAAGAACACUUCAAAGAAUAUUUGACUGAGCUGUUUUUUCUACAACAUUUUCAAGGAAAUAUGAUGGACUUUCUUGCCUUCAAGAAAAAACCAACCCUGGGACUCCAAGGCUACUUACGGCAGAAUGACUUGGACCUAGAGGAUGAAGAGGAGGAAGAACAAUCUGAGGUCAUCAAUGAUGAGGUAAAGAUUGUGACAGGAAAAGAUGGGCAGACUGGUACUCCUGUUGCUAUAGCAACCCAGCUUCCUCCCAAUGUUUCUGCUGCUUUUUCAUCUCAGCAGCAGCCAUUCCAGCAAACUCUGACAGGGAGCGGAGUGGUUGCCGCAAACACAAUAGACAUCGAAGCCUUUAAGAGACAGCAAGCUCUGGCGCAAUCAGAUCCCAGUAAGAGGCCACGUCUUGAUGUUACUCGCCAUGGUAUGGUCUUCCAACACCCGGGAGUGGCAUCCGGUGUACCUCUUCAGCAGCUAAUGCCCACUGCUCAAGGAGGGAUGCCUCCGACCCCUCAGACUGUGCAGCUGACUGGCCAGAAGCAAAAUCAACAACAGUAUGACCCAUCCAAAGGACCUCCUGUGCAGAAUGCUGCCAGCCUCCAUACACCGCCUCCUCAACUACCGGGUAGAGUGCCGGCCACUAACAUCCCCAUCUCUUCGCUGCCGACUGCACUACAUCUUGCACAGCAACAGCAGCAGAUGACGGAAAUUCAAAUCCAACCUCAGAUUCAAAAUCAAGUCAAAACACAGCCUCCUGGAGUGGUUAUCCCAGCAUCUCCACACAAUCAGCUUCCCCCUCAGGUCUCGCAGUCUCAGCCGUCGGCUUUCCACGCGCAGUUGCCCAUUGCUGUAUCGCAACCACAAGCAGCACUACAGCAACAGGUAGCUAGAAUGACUGUAGCCCUGGUGAGACCGGCAGCAGAGUGUUCACAGCAACGCCUUGCAAGCAGUUCAUACACUAACUCUUUUGUGGCUCCAGCAGCCAUUUCUACAACCACACCACUUGCGUCGUUUUCCCUACCAUCCAACCGUGCUAGCCCUGCCACUAACAAAGCAUCAUCGUCGGUGGUUUCCAAAGCUGCGGGAACAGGGGGCACUAAAACACAAACUGCAGUACAGAGUGGGUCUGGAUCAGAGAACUUGCAGGACAAGGUGGCUGAACAGGUAAAACUGGAAAACCAUGUACAUCAACGCAUUGCAGAGUUAAGGAAGGAAGGUUUAUGGUCCCUGAGGAGGCUGCCCAAACUGCAGGAAGCCUCCAGACCAAAAUCUCACUGGGAUUACCUUCUGGAAGAGAUGCAAUGGAUGGCUGCAGACUUUGCCCAGGAGAGGAUGUGGAAAGUUGCCAGUGCUAAGAAGCUGGUUAGAACAGCUGCCCGUCAUAUUGAAGAUAAGAGACUGAAUAAUGAGCGAGCUAAGAUAGAAGAGGAGAACAAACUCAAGCGCAUUGCUGCAUCUGUUGCUAGAGAAAUUGAGUACUUCUGGUCCAAUAUUGAACAGGUUGUGGAAAUUAAAUUACAAAUGGAGUUUCAAGAAAAAAGGAGAAAAGCUCUCAAUUUAAAUGUGGAUUUAAUCAGAGGUCCACUUAAGGCAAUAGAGGAAGCAUGUGUGAAGCAUGAACAGGAGACCAUUAAGCUUUCACCAUCUUGGAGAAAGAGAAAGGCAAGUUCAUCCUGGACGGAUGGUGAAGAUGAAGAGGAUACCAUAGCAGAGCAGGAAAGUAAAGAAGGGAAUGUUGACCAUCAAGCUGAACUGUGCGAAUUAGUACGAGAAGCGGACCUGCCUCUUGAUGAUUUAGUAAAGAAGUAUGAAGGGGCUUAUGAUGAGAACUUUAAUUGGCCACGCACUUUCUCCAAUAACGAAGAAGGGAAGCCCACCAGCCAAGAGCUGAAAGAGCUAACAGCAGAGCUGGAUGCCUCGCAGAAGCCUGUCGUGCUCAUUGACUCACUGCUUGUUCCUGACCAGUAUAGAAUGUCUGAUAGACCAUUAUCUGGUCACAUGACCUCCAGGAAACACACCAGGGACAUUGGAGAUGUGGCAAGAGCUGCUGAACUGAUCCUCCCAAGCGGCAGUUCUCGUAUAACUCCUACAGUAAAAAGUAGCCCCUCGUCUUUGCUGCGUGGCAGUCUCAGGGAUUACCAGCUUGUAGGCCUGGACUGGCUGGAGAAACAGUACAUGAAGAACCUUAAUGGGAUUCUGGCUGAUGAGUCUGGACUGGGGAAGAAUGUCCAGCUUAUUGCUUUCAUGGCGCAUCUGGCCAGCAAUGAAGGGAACUGGGGCCCACACCUCAUCAUAGUUCGCAGCUGUAAGAUGCUGAAAUGGGAGCUAGAAUUUAAACGUUGGUGUCCAGGUUUAAAGCUCCUUUUGUAUUUUGGAAAGCAAAGAGAACUCAGGAAAAAAAGACAGAAAUGGCAGGAGCCCAACUGCUUUCAUGUCUGCAUCACCUCCUACAAACAACUGUUUAAGGGCCACCAGGCUUUCAUGAAGAUGAGGUGGAAGUGUCUUGUUAUGGAUGAAGUUCACCAGAUCAAAAACAUGACAGAGAAGCACUGGGAAGCCAUCUUUAGCCUUCCAAGUCAGAAUCGGCUGCUCCUCAGAGACACUCCUCUACAGAACACUUGGAGAGAUCACUGGACCAUGCUGCAUUUCCUAGUCCCAGGUCUAUCCAGAGACUAUAUGGAUUUCCCAAUCAAAGGUAAUGGAGAAGAAAGCCAGGAGAACUGCCACAAGAUGUUCAUAAUGUUGCACAGGACCGUCCGUCCAUUCAUCUUAAGGAGAUCAAAAAGAGAAGUAGAGAAACAGUUGACCAACAAAUAUGAGCAUGUUUUGAAGUGUCGCCUUUCCAAUCGUCAGAAGGCUCUAUAUGAGGAUGUCAUUCUACAACCUGAGGCCCAAGAUGCUCUGAAAGGAGGGCAUUUUGUUAGUGUUCUCCAUGUUCUGGUACAGUUACAGAGAAUUUGCAACCAUCCAGAAUUGGUGGAUCCACGCACUGAACAUUCCUCCUAUGUGUGUCAAGCUCUGCAGUAUAAAACUGCUUCACUCAUACUGAAAGCGCUGGAGUAUGAUCCCUGGAAGAAUGCAGAUCUGUCACGGUUUGACCUGCUAGGGUUGGAAAAUAAAAUGACAAGUUAUGAGGCCCAUGUAUUGCCUGGACAAAAAGUGACUAGGAAGCUGAUUGAAGAGAUUUAUAGUUCUCCAGAUCCGUCUCCGCGCCCCACUCCAGUGAAAAUCAAACCCAACAGGUUGUUCCAGCCAGUUCCUUAUGGACAAAAACCAGAAGGACGAACUGUAGCCUUUCCAAGUACUCCCACAUCACGUGUGAUGACUACAACAACAGGCACAGUCAACCAGCAAGGGCAAGCCCGAGGGCGGUCCCCAGUAUCUACAACAUCUACUCCUCAGGGCGCAGAUGUGGCUAAAGCUGGUCAGCUGGCUACUUCUGGGGGAGGCCAAGGGAGGACAGCACAACCCAAAACACCGGUUACCCUACAGUUCCAAGGGAAUACCUUCACCUUGUCCCAGAGCCAGCUCCGUCAGCUCACGGCAGGACAGCCACUGCAGCUGCAAGGGAGUGUCCUGCAAAUCGUGUCAGCUCCCGGGCAGCAGUAUCUGCGGACUCCGGGACCAGUUGUAAUGCAAACCGUUACCCAAGGAGGGCCCAUCCAAAAUGUAAUAAAUGCAAUAGGAAACCAGCAUCCUACGAACCUUUCUAACGUUCCUGUGGCACCCCAUGCAGGAGUACAAGGAAGGAGCAUGAUGUCCAAUUCUGGCAGUGUGGAUUGUGCAUCAGCUGCAAAGUCUUCACCAGGCUCAGUAACACCGGCUCAGGAAAUAGAAGAUAAGCAACGUUUGGUGACCGAGCGUCUUAACCGUCUAUUUGCUUAUAAUGAACGGCGCUGUGCGCAGGCCCCCAUGUAUGGCGCUGACUUGCUAUCACUUUGCACCUUGAACACAGAAGCCCCUCAAGCUCUGAGUGGAAAGACACAUUGGAGCUGGUCUGGUUCUGUGAACUGCCGAGCGUCGUCCUGCUCUCCAGAGGGCUCCAGUGAUCCACUGAGACACCUCAUCUUAUCUCCCAGCCAGCAGAAAGCUGCCUUGGAGUCUCUCGCUAAAAGGUUACUGUGUGUGGUUCCAGCUGCAGUCUCUGCUCCCCCAGCUAUGAUGGUCCCGCAUCCUCCUCCUUCCUACACCCACAAUAUCAAGCUUUUGAGUCAGAGUCUGAAGGAGCAGGUGGCCCCAUCUAUCCGGGACCUGCGGGAGAGAACAUCCCCUUACUGCGUGCAAUUCCCUGAUGUACGACUAGUACAGCUAGAUUCGGGGAAGCUGGAAGCCCUCGUUACCCUACUGAAGAAACUCAGGUCCGAGGGCCGACGUGUUCUACUUUUCUCUCAGAUGCUACAAAUGCUGGACAUACUGGAGAUCUUUUUGGACUUGCACUCCCUGACCUUCCUGAGGAUCGAUGAGAAUGCCAGUUAUGAGCAAUGCCAUGAUCUCAUGAAGAGCUUUAACCAAGACUCUCGGAUUCUCUGUGCGCUUGUAUCUACUCACAGCUGCUCUUUGGGAGUUCCAUAUGUGGAAGCCGACGCCGUUAUUUUCUAUGACAGUGAUUUAAAUCCAGUGAUGGAUUCCCGAGCCCAGGCAUGGUGUGAUCGCAUUAGUAAAAGUAAAGAUAUCCACAUAUAUAGGCUGGUAAGUGGAAACUCCAUUGAAGAGAAGCUGUUGAAGAAUGGUACAAAGGAUUUGAUCCGAGAAGUUGCUGCUCAGGGCAAUGACUUUUCUAUGGCUUUCCUAACACAGCAAACAAUACAUGAAUUGUUUGAGCUUUAUUCACCCUUGGAAGACUCUGGAUUUGGCGCAAAAGCUGAAGAAUUUGUAAUGCUUUCUCAAGAACCAUCCCCAGCAGAGACAAUAGCUACCAAGUUUGCCAAGCCCUUCAUAGAGGCUUUAAAGAGCAUUGAGCAGGUGGGAGUUGUGGAUCCAGAAUCAGUGGCACAAGAUAUUAAGAGAGAACAAGACAAACAGAUGGACAUACCAGACAGCACUCAAUAUGAGGAGGAAACGUCGGACCUGCAAGAGCUGGCUGCGGUGGUGAAGCAGCUUACACCCAUUGAGAAGUAUGCUUUGAAUUACUUAGAAGAGUUCUACACAUCAGGCACUGGAGGAACUGAGGAGAUUUUAGAGACUAAAAUGACAAGGAGGAACUGGGAGAUUCAACAACUAAAGGAAAAGAAGGAGUGGGAGGAGAAAAUGGUAUGGGAAGAAACCGAGGAAGAGCUUCUGACCUACAUGAGAGAAGAUGCUUAUAACAAGGAUUUUGUAUACGAAGGUCCAGAUGGGCAGACAGAAAUUAUGCCUAUAUGGACCCCUCCUACUCCACCACAAGAUGAGAAUGAUAUCUACAUUGAUUCAGUAAUGUGCCUGAUGUAUGACACCAAUCUCAUUCCGGAAUCCAAGCUGCCUCCUGUCUAUGUGAGAAAAGAACGCAAGCGACACAAAACAGACCCUGUUGCUGCAGGUAGAAAGAAGAAGCAGAGACACGGGGAGUCUGUGGUUCCUCCCCGUUCACUCUUUGACAGAGCCACACCUGCCAUGCUGAAAGUGAAAAGAGAAGGCAAAGAGCAGAAGAAAAACCUUCUCUUGAAACAACAAACACAGUUUGCAAAACCACUUCCAACCUUGGUCAAACCAGCAGCCGAAUCAGGACCGGACAACCCAGAGUGGCUCAUCAGUGAGGACUGGGCUCUCCUGCAGGCAGUAAAACAUCUCCUGGAGCUCCCUCUGAACCUCACAGUUGUUUCCCCAGCUCACACUGCCAAUUGGGAUCUGGUGAGCGACGUGGUAAACUCGUGCAGCCGGAUCUACCGAUCAUCAAAGCAGUGUCGCAGUCGAUAUGAGAGUGUCAUCAUUCCGAGGGAGGAAGGGAAGCUAAUGUUUGAAGCUAACCCUAAGAAGAAGACUAAGAGUAUUUAUAAGACUAAAAACAGCCGUCCUCUGCGAACCAGUCAGAUCUAUGCCCAGGACGAGGGGGCGACCCACACUCAACUGUACACCAAUCACUUUGAGCUGAUGAAAAUGACGGCAGGAAAGAGGAGCCCACCCAUUAAACCACUAUUGGGAAUGAACCCCUUUCAGAAGAAUCCAAAACAUGCUGCUGUGCUUGCAGAAAGCGGCAUUAACUACGAUAAGCCUCUGCCUCCGAUCCAGGUGGCUUCUCUCCGUGCUGAGCGCAUUGCCAAAGAAAAAAAGGCUUUAGUAGAGCAGCACCAUAGAGCGCAACAGCAAGCUGGCCCUACAGCUGCUCAACAGCCGCAGCCAAACGGGCAGCAGGCACCAUCUCCAGCCGUGCAGCCGGGACAGACACAACCUCAACAAGUGGUCCAGCAACAGGUUGUUCAGCAGCCACAGGCAGUGGUUCAAACGGCGGCCACCACUGUGCCAACCACCGCCGUUCUGGCUGGGACCAUCAAACCUACGGUUACGGGCGCAAGUAUCCAAGCUGCCACUGUCAGUGGAAAUGUAAUUGUAAACACUGUGGCAGGCGUUCCAUCGGCCACGUUCCAACCCAUUAACAAGAGGCUGGCUUCUCCUGUCGUACCUGGGACACUGGCUGCUUCUGCUGGAACCCCACAGGUUGUUCACGCACAGCAGAGGGCAGUGACAGCCUCCGCUACUACAGCAGAAAUGGUCACCAUUGCAACAAGCCAGGGGGUGCGUGCAGUGACUCCAGUGACCGGAGGGACUGUGGUCUGCAGCAGCAUUUCACCUGUCCAGACACAGAGCAGGUCUAUAGUCACCCAGGUGACGACAGCCACCACCGCUGGAGUUCAGCUGGCUGGUAAAACCAUAACUCCAGCACAGUUCCAGUUGCUCAGACAGCAGCAGGCUGCGCAGGUGCAGGUUCCUCAGAUCCAGGCACAAGCACAGUCCCCGGGACAGAUAAAACCCGUUGGGAAGAUAUCCCCAGAGCAGCUGCUCAAGUUGCAGAAGCAGAAGAUGCAGUUGCCACAACAGACAGCUCAGACAGUGGCCCAGCAGCAGCAGCAGCAACCUCAGCAACCAUGUCCACAGGCAGCACCUGCCCAGAGUCAGCAGCAGCCACAACAAGCACAGCAGCAAGCACAGCAGCUAACAGCAGUCACUGCACCAAGAACAGGGGCUGUGUUGGCAGGUGCCACUGUUGCAAAUCUGCAGGUAGCCCGUCUACUACAGGCCCAAGGGCAAAUCCAAGCCCAGUCAGGGCAAGCAACACAAGUGGCACUGGCAAAACCUCCUGUGGUUUCUGCCGUAGUAUCAUCAACAGGAGUCACCACCCUCCCUGUAACAGUAGCAGGAAUCAGCGUCGCUAUUGGCCAACCGCAGAAGGCUGCAGGUGGGCAAACUGUGGUUGCUCAGCCCUUGAAUGUACAGCAGCUUUUGAAGAUAAAGCAGCAGCAGCAGCAGCAACAGCAGAAAGCUCUGCAGUCCCAGGGAGCUCCAGGACAGGCCACAGUGCAGCAGCAACAAAAGAUAGCAGGCCAGCAAGUGACUGUUCAGUCCCAGCAACAGCAGAGCCAACAGCAGAAGGUGACAUACACCACCCAGCCAGCCAUUAAAACCCAGUUCCUAACCACUCCUAUAACCCAGGCCCAGAAGUCCCCUGGAGCCCAACAGAUGCAGGCCCAGAUUCAGGUGGCAAAGCUCCCCCAGGUGGUCCAACAGCAGGCAGCAGUGGCCAACAUUCAGCAGAUGGUACCAGCCUCCCAGCAGGUUCAGCCUCAAACUGUGACCCUAACUCAGGCAACAACUGCAGGGCAACAGCAGCAGGUUCAGGUGAUACCGGCCGGUUCAGCAGCAGCCCAGGUCGUCCAGCAGAAGCUGCUCCAGCAGCAGGUGGCGGCGGCAGCGGCUUCCCCACAGAUCCAGGCCCCUGUCGGCCAGAGUUCAGCACAAGCAUCGGGCACCCCAGAUGCACAAAGUCAGCAGGCGAAGCUGCAAGUCCGACCUCCAACUGUCAGGAUCAAAGCUCCCACUAAACCCAGCUAAAAGGGCCAUGGGGAAAUGUGGGAGUGAAGAAACUUGCAUCAGGGCAUCCUAUACACACUCCUAAAAACUCCUGUUUAACUCUUUUUUUGUUUAGGUCAUCAAAAAUAAUUAAAUGUACAUGCAGAUUUAUGAAUGUAAAGCAAAAAGAAAGCAUGAGAGAUGUUUGUGAAGGUACAGUUUCUCUGCACAGGGUCUGUUGCUAUAUGUAAAAGAACCUAAACAGUUAAGAUACAGUUAGUGCCAUUUUAUAUCGUACAUCCCUUCACUCCACCUUACUGCUUGUUCCUACCAAACGUAUAUGAAGAAGAUAGGCUCGCAGUUUGGGAUGGUACUAGAAUGUAUUUGAAUAACAAGAUGAAUCAAACAUUAUUUUACUUUUUUAAAUAUUAGAUAUUUUCUUUGUCUUAAUGCUUUAA